CUUCUGUUUGUUUAGCAUUGGCGGCCUCGUUUGCCAACACAUCAUCACACUUCACUUCCAUUAAGAGAGAAUCAAAUCACAUCACACUUUGUUUACGUUAUUUCCAUCUCCACAAUUUCACCUCACUCUUCUUUCAUUCUUCCCCCUCAAAUUCAAUCCAAUUCUCUGCCGCUAAACUAAACCCUCACUCUCUCUCUCUUCUUCUUCUUCUUCUACUUCUUCCAUUUUCUUCAUCAUUCAUUCAUCUUCCAUUCAAUUUCAUCAUUUCAUUCAUGUCGACACCAGGGGAAGAUCAAAUUCACCAUUUCUCACCAUUCAAAUUCGAUUUAUUGCAUUCCCCUAACCCUUCUCAUGUGAAUCCUUAUACUCCUAUGCUUCCCUUGAGUCAAAGAAACGGAAUCAAUAAUGUUAACUUGCAUGCUAGUAAUGUUGAAGUGUUUCCUACUCAGAGUAAUACGGUUAAUCUUCCUCCUCUUCUUCAAAUUGAAACCAAUCAAAGAGGAAAGCAUAAUGGUAAAUCAAAAGUUUCAAGAAAUUCAAAAUCUGCAGCGGCUCAGAUGACAAAUGGAGAGUCAGCCAAUGCAGCGGCAGUAAACAACUGUCGUUAUGACAGUUCCUUAGGAUUGUUAACCAAGAAAUUUGUCAGCUUGAUCCAAAAUGCUAAGGAUGGUACCCUUGAUCUAAAUAAAACUGCUGAGGUCUUAGAGGUUCAAAAAAGGAGAAUUUAUGACAUUACAAAUGUUCUUGAAGGAAUAGGAUUGAUAGAGAAAACUUCAAAGAACCAUAUACGGUGGAAGGGUUGUGAUGGAAUUGGGCCACGAGAACUAGAGGAUCAAGUUAAUACUCUAAAGGCUGAAGUUGAAAGUUUAUAUGCUGAGGAAUUCAAACUUGAGGAGUGUAUAAGCGAAAGGAAGGAGCUUCUCAGAAACCUGGAAGAAGGUGAAAACACCGGAAAGUACCUUUUUUUAACCAAGGAAGAUAUUCUUACCCUUCCAUGCUUUCAGAAUAAGCAACUUAUUGCAGUCAAGGCUCCGAAAGCUAGUUUCAUUGAGGUCCCCGAUCCAGAUGAGGAAUUAGGCUUCCACCAAAGGCAGUACAGAAUGAUUAUUAGAAGUGCAACUGGACCGAUAAAUCUGUACCUCUUGAACAAGCACGACCACAAGUUAGAGGAUGUGAGUGUCCAACCGGAAGAGUCAAUGGACCCAUCGUGGAGUAGCAACCACUGCAGAACGGAGCGUGUCGGAUUAUCAGAAAGCAAUGGUUAUCAGAAAAACCCUUCUGGGAGUUUAAGUUCGCAUGGCUCAGAGGCUUUUGGAAUUCAACAAAUUACUCCUAUGAAUUUAGAUGUUGAUGGUGACUAUUGGUUUCAAUCAGAUCCUGAAGUUGGCCUAACACAAUUGUGGGGGUAGAAAUAUCUUCAAAAGUGCAGUUGGCUUAAAUAGAUGAACUUCUCAGUUCGCAACGAUGUUCGCUGACAUAUGCGGUCAAUAUGCGGUCAAUAUGUAAAUGUUAGGCUGCUAAUUGUUGCUAAACAUGACAAAGAGUACAUUUCAAGCUGUAAAUGUUUAGCUUUUUUCUUUCCUUCUAUUUUAUGUGUUUCUUAGAGCAGUUGCUUAACUAGGACUGCCGAAUAAUGUUAGGGUGCCUGUGAUGCACUGCACAACAAAUAGAGAAGAAUACAAAAUAAACAUACAAGAUCCAAUAAGUUUAUUUUAUGUUAUUUUAUAAUUCAUGCACAAUACAAACAGUUUCAUGAGAGAGGAAAUAAGAUGGAAGGUGAAGUUUGAAGGAGAAAGUUACUUUUAUUAUUUGGAAGAUAUUGUGCAUGGUGUUAAAAGUACUCUUUCAUUUCUUAAGUUUAUUUAAUUAUUUGUUUUUGAAAACUCAUAAUUUUUAUUAAAAAAUAUAUAUAUUAGUUGCCAUAAUGAGGCUUGACGAGCCAAGACGAAACAAUAAUAUUAGCAUUAGAGAUCAUUUUUGGAUUUGUCUCUU